AUGUCAUUAUUUCAACAAGUUAAAUUUGGUAACACUGGUCUAAAAAUCUCUCCAUUCAUUUUUGGUACUAUGACUUUUGGCAAUAAAAAAAAUAUGCAAUGGGCAAUUGAAGAGAUGGAAGAUGCUUACAAGAUUUUGAAGUAUGCUUAUGACCGUGGUAUUCGUACAUUUGAUACUGCAGAUGCUUAUGCCAAUGGUUUAAGUGAAACUAUCUUGGGUAGUUUUUUAAAACAUUAUAAUAUUCCAAGAGAAACAGUGGUUAUUAUGACCAAAGUCUUUUACAGAGUUGACGAUACAAUCGAGUUAAAUCCGACCGAUCUAUUGUUCGGCAACAAUGAGGAAUUAAAUUUGCGUUUGGUUAACCAAAAAGGUCUUUCCAGAAAGCAUAUUUUAGAAGCAGCUAAAAAUUCUGUUCGUAGACUAGGGACAUAUAUCGAUGUCUAUCAAAUUCAUCGUUGUGAUCAUGAAACACCUUUUGAAGAAACAAUGAGGGCUUUGAAUGACGUUGUUGAACAGGGUUAUGCUAGGUAUAUUGGAGCUUCCUCCAUGUUAGGUACUGAAUUUGCAGAGUAUCAAUUUAUUGCAGAAAAGCACGGAUGGCAUAAGUUUGUCAACAUGCAAACUUGUUAUAAUUUAUUGUACAGAGAAGAUGAAAGAGAAAUGUUACCUUUCUGUAAGAAAAAUAAUGUUGCCAUCACGCCAUGGUCUCCUUUACAGAUGGGAUUCUUAGCUAGGCCAAUUACCGAAAAAAGUGUAAGACAAACUACUGAUCUAGUUAUUAAAGCCAUGAGUCUAGAUAAGUUUUCUGAAGCAGACAAGGAAAUUAUUGACCGUGUGAAUAAAUUAGCCAACAAAAAGAACUUGAAGAUGGCAACUGUUACUUUAGCUUGGUUAUUCAAGAAAAAUGCUUUUCCAAUUGUUGGUUUAAAUAAAGAAUCAAGAAUUGAUGAUGCCCUCGAAGCUUUAAAGGUUGAACUAACUGAAGAAGAGGUCAAAUAUUUAGAAGAACCAUACAAGCCAAAACCAUUAUUCAUGUAA